UGGAUGGAUUUUCUUUCCAUUUCGUCUCUUCUCUACCAUAAACAUCUCCUUUUAAAUUCUCUCUCUCCUUUUAUUUCCCAUUCUUGCACGCCAUUCCUUGUUAUCACUAGUUGGUAACUGCAUAUACAAGUCACCCCAUCAGUAUAUAAUCUUGUUUAUAUUUGUACUGCUCUGUCUCCUGAUCAGUCGAGCCAAAUAAAUCCAGCAUGACAAUUUUAGCCCCUGAAGCUGAAACACACAUCUUGGUCUUUCCCUUCCCAGCUCAAGGACACAUGAUACCUCUCCUUGACCUGACUCGCAAGCUAGCCGUCCAUGGCCUAACCAUCACCAUCUUGGUCACGCCAAAAAACCUUUCUUUCUUACACCCUUUACUCUCCACUCACCCAUCAAUCGAAACUCUAGUCUUUCCUUUUCCUGCGCACCCUUUAAUCCCAUCUGGAGUAGAAAACAACAAGGACUUGCCUGCAGAGUGUACUCCUGUCUUGAUACGCGCUCUAGGUGGACUCUAUGACCCUUUGCUUCAUUGGUUCAUAUCUCACCCUUCACCUCCAGUAGCCAUAAUCUCUGACAUGUUCCUUGGGUGGACACAAAAUCUAGCCAGCCAGCUUAACAUUCGACGGAUUGUGUUCUCUCCUUCAGGUGCCAUGGCUUUGUCUAUUAUUUAUUCACUCUGGCGUGACAUGCCUAGGAGAAAUCAGAAUGAAGUUGUUUCGUUUUCUAGGAUACCGAAUUGUCCAAAUUACCCAUGGCGGCAAAUCUCUCCUAUUUAUCGAAGCUACAUUGAAAAUGACACAAAUUGGGAAUUCAUCAAAGACUCGUUUCGUGCUAAUUUAGUGAGUUGGGGUCUUGUAGUGAACUCGUUCACUGAGUUGGAAGAGAUAUACUUAGAUUAUUUCAAGAAGGAAUUAGGUAGCGAUCAUGUUUGGGCGGUAGGACCUUUACUCCCUCCGCAUCAUGAUUCAAUAUCAAGACAAUCUGAAAGAGGUGGGCCUAGUUCUGUUCCGGUGCAUGAUGUAAUGGCAUGGCUCGACACUUGUGAGGAUCACAGAGUGGUUUAUGUUUGUUUUGGAAGUCAAACUUGGCUGACCAAAGAUCAAAUCGAGGAGCUAGCUUUAAGUUUGGAGAUGAGUAAAGUCAAUUUCAUAUGGUGUGUGAAGGAGCACAUAAAUGGAAAAUAUAGCGUGAUCCCAUCUGGGUUUGAAGAUCGAGUGGCUGGGAGGGGACUUGUAAUAAGAGGAUGGGUUCCCCAAGUUUUGAUUUUGAGUCACCCCGCCGUGGGUGCAUUCUUGACUCAUUGUGGUUGGAACUCAGUUCUUGAGGGACUAGUGGCUGCUGUGCCAAUGCUUGCAUGGCCCAUGGGGGCUGACCAAUUCGUUAAUGCUAGGUUAUUGGUCGACGAGUUGCAGGUGGCUGUGAGGGUGUGUGAAGGUGCAAAAACAGUCCCAAAUUCGGAUGAGUUGGCACGAGUUAUAAUGGAAUCGGUGAGUGAAAACCGCGUUGAGAGAGAACAAGCCAAGAAGCUAAGGAGGGUUGCAAUGGAUACCAUUAAAGACAGAGGGCGCUCUAUGAAGGACUUCGAUGGCCUGGUGAAGAAUCUAUUUAGACUGAAGGUAGAGGCCCAGUAAUUAAUGAAAUCAAUAUGCUAUAAUUGUUACGAGAAUGGAAAUUUCCAUGUUCUUGUUUCAGCAAAACGAUCCAUUUGUUCCAAGAACUACAGUAGAACAAUAAGCUCUGGUUUGAAAGUUCAAAUCGGACGUAAAAAUCCAUUAGUUUCAUGAAUGUGAAAAACAUAUUGGAGCUACUAAAAGGCUAAUUAUUGUCACUAAUAAUAAAUGUUAAAACCAGGUAUGAUUUUGUGCACCA